AAAAAAUUUUAUUAUAAAAGAAGGUUGGCUGUUUACAACCUAACAAUGUACAAUGUAGCCACCACCAAAGCCGAGAAUUUUAUGUGGCAUGAAGGGAUUGGAGGACGUGGUUCGACACAUGUGGAGGGCAGAAUCGAAACGUAAAUGUGGUUGCCAUGUUUAUGUAUUCGAUCAAUAUUUUCAAUGAUAUUCCCAUUAUCAAUCACAUUUUUUUCGAGCCUGGCCAUAGUCAGAUGGAAUGUGACAGUGUGCAUGCUCACAUUCAGUCCAGUACUGCAAAGAUUGAAAUUUACGACCCUUCUGCUUGGUAUACUGCCAUAAGGUGUGCAGUAAGAGGUGACAAAUACACAGUAACUGAGAUUGACCAAGAGGAGAUAUUUGAUUUCAAAAAAAUGGCCAAGCAAUUGAUAACCAACAGGAAGAUUGAUACUGAUGGAAAUGUGGUGAGGUGGCUGGACAUUUGUUGGCUACAGUUCCGCAAAACGUCAACAGAUGAAGUAUUCUUCAAGUAUGAUCAGAAAGAAGACUUCAAGUCUUUCAAAUUGACAAGAAGAGGACGAAGAAGCUUUCCCGGAGCUUCAAACUUGACAUUGGAAUCUGCAUACUCCGAGCCACUAUCUAUCCAGCAGGAUAAACUAAAUGACCUCAUUGGAAUGUGCACUGAUGGAACUAUUAAACAACAAUAUCACUCCUUCUAUCACAAUCUGAAAGGGAGUUCAACGAGAGAAGAGAGUGAAGAAGAUGAAGAUUAGAAAUAAGAUUGAAGGAUGCAUUAGGCUGGUAAUCUUUCCAAUAUAUUUUUCAGUUAGAAUGUUUAAAUUUAGUUUUUAUCUACAAUAUUGUUGUUAUUCUAUUAUGUAAAUGUUUUUUCAAGUAUAAUUAGUGAUUUUGAAUUAUAUCAAUGCUUGUUUUUUUGUCUUAUUGGUAUGACCUGACACUAUUUGGAGAUUAUUGAUUGAAACGUAUGUACUCAGUCUGUUAGUAACAAAAAGCCGUAAGUCAUGCAGUGAUAUGGAAAAACGGUAUUUUUUCAAGUAAUAUUCAUAUUACAUUGGAAUACACCAUGUAGACAUCUCUGGAAAGAGUGUGGCUGAGUGAGAAAAUUACAUUUAACAUUUGAAUUGCAAUCAACUAAGAAUUAUGAAGACAUUUCUUGAAGUAGCAGGAUACUUUUUGCUCUCUUGAAAAAUAUGGGUUUUGGAGAUACGGCUUUUUCACACUAAA